CUGUUGACAACGGAAGUGUUUCUACUGGCAACCGCGUCCACCACCCUCACAGCUCCUCACUGAAGAGUCGAGCAGCGGAACUCCGCCACGUUCACUCAAUAAAAGUUGUUUACGAGUGUCAGAGUGGAGACGAUUUAACUUAACCACGGCGGAGUCGAAGGAACGUCCCCGCCAACAUGAAUCAGUGGGACAAUCGGAGGAUCGUAGCUCAGCGCCGCGCUCAGGAGCAGCAGAAGCAGGACGACGCCAAGUUUGUGGCCAGAGACAAGCAUGUCCUGGCCGGCCUGAGGGAGGAGGAGAGCUGGGGGAGGAGGAGAGAGCUGCGGCAGGAGCAGGAGGAGCUCAGGGAGAGAGAGAUGGAGAGCGCUCUGCUCAAGGCAGACGAGGACAGAAUAAACAGGGACAAGCAACUUGAACAAGAGGAGAGAAUGGCUAAAGAGCUGGCUCGCAUCAACUUUGAAACACAACGAGAUGAGAAAAUGAGGCAGCACAUCAAAGAGAACAGUCUGGAGCUUCGAGAACUGGAGUCCAAACUGAAAUCUGCGUAUAUGAACAAGGAGAGAGCUGCACAGAUUGCAGAGCAUGAGGCCAUGAAGUCUGAGACCUUGCGUGAGAAGGCGGACUGUUCUCGCAAAAUGCACUGCGAAAGAGAGCGAGCAGCUGUGGAGCAGCAGAGGCUGGAGCAGAAACGCCAAGAGGAGCUGUUCCAAUAUCAGAGGGAGCUAGAGCAGCAGGUCAUGGAGAGGGAGCACAGACGACAAGAGGCUUACGAGGAGUUCCUUAAAGAGAAGCUCUUGGUGGAUGAGAUUGUCAGGAAGGUUUAUGAGGAGGAUCAGAUGGAGAGACAUCUGAGACUGGAGAAGGUCAGAGCCACUCAGCAGCACAUUGAGGAAUUCCACAGGCAGCAGGCCGAGUGGAGACGCAUAGAGAAAGAGAGGAUGGAGGCCGAGAACAGGUGCAUCAUGGAGUUUAUGAACCAGCAGCAGCACAUGGAGGAGGACAAAAUGGCCAAGAUCAGAGAGACGGAGGAUGCUAAAGAGAAUCUUCAUAAAAUACUGUGUAAGAGGAUGGAAGAGGAGAUGCAGAAGCGUGAAGAGAUGGAACAAAUCCGUGAGGAGCUUUGCCUGGAGGAACAAGAGGAAGCGAACAGGCAGAGAGAAAUUGAAGAAAUGGAGAAAAAAAUCAGAGAGCGGCUGACGAUGCAGCAGGCCUGCCAGGAGCACGUGGCUUUCAGAGAGAUGAAGAAGAAAGCGGAUAAAGAGGAAGAGGAGGCCUUCAGUAAGGCAAUGAUGGCUAAGUACGCAGAGGACGAUCGGAUCGAGCAGAUGAAUGCCCAGAAAAGACGCAUGAAGCAACUUGAGCACAAACGCGCGGUGGUGAAAAUGAUAGAGGACAAGAGACGACAGCAUCUGGCUGAUGUGGAACUGGAGGCCAAAGAAAGAGCGAUGGAGCAGGAGAGGGAGGCGCAGCGGAGACAGAUUGUUGAAGAAGAGAGAAAGAAACUUCUGAAACGUCACGCGGCUCAACUGCUGGGAUACUUCCCGAAGGGUUUGCUCCGUGAGGAUGACCUGCAGCACUUUGAUGAAGACUUCAGAAAUAACUUCAAACCAGUAGCUUCUGAGGACAGCUUGGAUGGUGACGCUUAAAUGUGUUUCUGUCAGUCUGCCACUAGAGGGCAUUACUGUUAAACCAGUAAUGCAUUUCUAAAAAAACUGAAUGUGAGAAUAACAUGAUCAGGAAACCAAUAUUCAAAUCUAAACUUUAUUAGUAAAACUAAUUGGAUUCUGAAAGAUUCCAAAGUUACAAAUUUAACUUAACAUCACACAGGAAUUUAUUUAGAAAUGUAUAAAUUGAUCUCGACACCUUGAACCAAAAAAAUGUAAUGCUGAGUCUGUCAGUGUUUACGACUUCCCCCAGUCCAGAGCUUUCAGGAACUCGUCUUCCGUGAACGACAGCAGCUUGGCAGCCUCAAAAUGCAUCUGCACGCACACAACAAUAAAACUCUGUUAAUUGUAUAUUUAAUUGAACACUAUAAACAGGGUUUGUAUUAACAGGGUCUGAAGGAUUCACUGACCUUUUGCCUUUUGAGAAUGUCAAUCAGUUUGAGCUGCUUCUUGAAACCCACAACGAGUUCUGCUUUCUGCUUUUUCAGGAUUUUGUUUUCAGCAAUUAUAUUCUCUUUGCUCUGAUUGUCCGUGCUUAUGUUGUCCUUAACAAAUAGAAGGUAAUAGACUGAAUUAGUACAAGCCAGACAGAACUUGCAUUACUUCUGCAACAGGUAAGAUUCAUGCAACAUAGUAAAAUUCAUUUGUAGCUUUAGUUAAAUGUUGCUGCUUAAAAUUCAGCUACAUUAAUUGAAAGACUUCUGUUCUCCACACGUUCAGUUUUUUAGUGUUUACUGUUGAGUUUCAUCACUGUGUGAGUUGAUUAUCUCUGUUUUGAAGGAAUCGUCUGUUUAUUAAUAGGAUGAAUUAUCUUUUUUACUUAAGAGAUGGUGCACAUUAGUUCACUUUAAUCAUAAUUUUUCAUUCUAAAGGUAAAAUGUUGUGACACUCAAAAUGGCUUAUUUUUAUUAUUAAAAUAAAGAUAUAGUUCUUUAUUCUGUUGUUUUAAGAUUUAUUCAUUACGUGUUUGAUUUAUGUUUGAUUCUUUAUUAAUUUCUAAUUUUUAAAUCUCUAUCAUUUCACAUUAUGUUGAUUGUAAACCUGCUUCUGUUUUGAUUAAUAAAAGUCUGCUCUUCAAAUACUAAAAUGUGUUGGUCGUCAACAACCAAAAUAAA